GGAUUCGGCUGCCGCCGAGCUCAGCCCGUGUGGCUGCAAUUGGCUUCGGGUUUGCACCUUUAAGCAGCGGGGAGAGAAGAGCGGGCUUAAAACGCGAGUCCAGCGAGCGGCUUUUGCCGGGACUGUAGCUUCAGCCGCAGCUCCAGAGAAGACCCCGCUAGGGUUUCCGUAGAGCUCUCGGCUCGGGAUGGAGUGAAGCAGAGAGUGACCCUCUAAGGGGGGGUGGGAGGGGGUCCGGCAGUGCUGAGGCAAAGAAAGAGAGAGAAGAAGCCGUGGCUGCCGCCUGCGAAAUUGGGAUUCGAUUGGGAGGGACCGCUUACCCAGGGGAAAUGGAUUCUGUACUACGGCUGACCAGCGUUUUCACUUUGCUGUUCUCCGGUUUGUGGCAUUUAGGAUUAACAGCGACAAAUUACAACUGUGAUGACCCAUUGGCAUCUGUGCUGUCUCCAAUGGCUUUUUCUAGUUCCUCAGACCUCACUGGUACUCACAGCCCAGCUCAACUCAACCGAAGAGUUGGAACCGGUGGUUGGUCCCCAGCAGAUUCCAAUGCUCAACAGUGGCUCCAGAUGGACUUGGGAAACAGAGUGGAGAUCACAGCGGUGGCCACACAGGGUCGGUAUGGAAGCUCUGACUGGGUGACGAGUUACAGCCUGAUGUUCAGUGACACAGGACGCAACUGGAAACAGUACAAGCAAGAAGACAGCAUCUGGACCUUUGUGGGAAACGUGAAUGCUGACAGCGUGAUGCACCACAAAUUACCACACUCAGUGAGAGCCCGGUUCAUCCGCUUUGUGCCCCUGGAAUGGAAUCCAAAUGGAAAGAUUGGCAUGAGGGUUGAAGUCUACGGAUGUUCCUACAAAUCGGAUGUUGCUGACUUUGAUGGCCGGAGCUCCCUCCUGUACAGGUUCAAUCAGAAGCUGAUGAGCACUCUUAAAGAUGUGAUCUCUCUGAAGUUCAAGAGCAUGCAAGGAGAUGGAGUCCUGUUCCAUGGAGAGGGUCAACGCGGGGAUCACAUCACCUUGGAGCUCCAGAAGGGGAGGCUAGCCCUUCACCUCAACUUAGAAGACAGCAAACCUCGGCUCAGCAGCAGCCCUCCCUCGGCCACCCUGGGCAGCCUCCUGGACGACCAGCAUUGGCACUCGGUCCUCAUUGAGCGAGUCGGCAAGCUGGUGAACUUCACUGUGGACAAGCACACACAGCACUUCCGAACCAAGGGCGAGGCGGAUGCCUUAGACAUUGACUAUGAGCUUAGUUUUGGAGGAAUCCCAGUACCAGGCAAACCUGGAACCUUCCUAAAGAAAAACUUCCAUGGAUGUAUUGAAAACCUUUAUUACAAUGGAAUAAAUAUAAUUGACUUGGCUAAAAGACGAAAGCAUCAGAUCUACACCGUGGGCAAUGUCACUUUUUCCUGCUCCGAACCACAAAUUGUUCCCAUCACAUUUGUCAACUCCAGCAGCAGUUAUUUGCUGCUGCCCGGAACCCCCCAAAUUGAUGGGCUCUCAGUGAGUUUCCAGUUUCGAACAUGGAACAAGGAUGGUCUGCUUCUGUCCACAGAGCUGUCUAAGGGCUCGGGGACCCUGCUGUUGAGCCUGGAGGGUGGAACCCUGAGACUUUUGAUUCAGAAAGUGACAGAAUACGCUGCUGAAAUCCUCACAGGCAGCAACUUGAAUGAUGGCCUGUGGCAUUCGGUAAGCAUCAAUGCCAGAAGGAACCGCAUCACUCUCACUCUGGAUAAUGAUGCAGCAUCCCCGGCUCAGGACACCAGCCGGGUGCAGAUUUAUUCUGGAAGUAGCUACUACUUUGGAGGGUGCCCCGACAAUCUCACCGAUUCCCAAUGUUUAAAUCCCAUUAAGGCUUUCCAAGGCUGCAUGAGGCUCAUCUUUAUUGAUAACCAGCCCAAGGACCUCAUUUCAGUUCAGCAAGGUUCCCUGGGGAAUUUUAGUGAUUUACACAUUGAUCUGUGUAGCAUCAAAGACAGGUGUUUGCCAAACUACUGUGAACAUGGGGGAAGCUGCUCCCAGUCCUGGACUACCUUCUACUGUAACUGCAGUGACACAGGAUACACUGGUGCCACCUGUCACAACUCCCUCUAUGAACAAUCCUGCGAGGUGUACAGGCACCAAGGGAACACAGCUGGCUACUUCUACAUUGACUCGGAUGGCAGUGGGCCCCUGGGGCCUCUCCAAGUGUACUGCAAUAUAACAGAGGACAAGAUCUGGACAUCCAUUCAGCACAACAACACAGAGCUGACCCGUGUGCGGGGCGCCAACUCUGAGAAGCCCUACACCAUGGCCUUGGACUACCGCGGCACCACGGAGCAGGUGGAAGCUGUGAUCGACCGCUCGGAGCACUGCGAGCAGGAGGUGGUCUACCACUGCCGGAGGUCCCGCCUGCUCAACACGCCAGAUGGAACACCAUUUACCUGGUGGAUUGGGCGGUCCAAUGAAAGGCACCCUUACUGGGGUGGUGCCCCUCCUGGAAUCCAGCAGUGUGAGUGUGGCCUGGACGAGAGUUGCCUGGACAUUCGACACUUCUGCAAUUGUGACGCCGACAAGGAUGAAUGGACAAAUGAUACUGGCUUUCUUUCCUUCAAAGACCACUUGCCUGUCACUCAGAUAGUUAUCACUGAUACCAACAGAUCAAACUCAGAAGCUGCUUGGAGAAUUGGUCCCUUGCGUUGCUAUGGUGACCGACACUUCUGGAACGCUGUCUCAUUUUACACAGAAGCCUCUUAUCUCCACUUUCCUACCCUCCAUGCGGAAUUCAGUGCUGACAUUUCCUUCUUUUUUAAAACCACGGCUUUAUCUGGAGUAUUCCUAGAAAAUCUUGGCAUUAAAGACUUCAUCCGACUUGAAAUAAGCUCUCCUUCUGAGAUCACUUUUGCCAUCGAUGUUGGGAAUGGCCCUGUAGAGCUUGUAGUACAGUCUCCCUCUCCUCUGAAUGACAACCAGUGGCAUUACAUCCAAGCCGAGAGGAACCUCAAAGAGACUUCACUCCAGGUGGACAACCUCCCAAAGAUAACCAGGGCGACUUCAGAGGAUGGUCAUUUCCGAUUGCAGCUGAACAGCCAGUUGCUUGUAGGGGGAACGUCGUCGAGGCAGAAAGGCUUCCUAGGAUGUAUACGCUCCUUACAUCUGAAUGGGCAGAAACUGGACCUGGAGGAGAGGGCAAAGGUCACAUCUGGAGUUCGGCCAGGCUGUCCAGGCCACUGCAGCAGUUAUGGCAGCACCUGCCACAAUGGGGGCAAGUGUGUGGAGAAGCACAGCGGCUACUUCUGUGAUUGCACCAACUCCCCGUAUGAAGGGCCCUUUUGCAGAAAAGAGGUUUCUGCUGUUUUUGAGGCUGGCACUUCAGUUACUUACAUGUUUCAAGAACCCUACCCAGUGACCAAGAAUGUAAGCUUCUCAUCCUCAGCAAUUUAUGCAGAUACGUCUCUAUCCAAGGAAAACAUCGCAUUUAGCUUUGUGACAGCCCAGGCACCCAGUCUCCUGCUCUAUAUCAAUUCUUCUUCUCAGGACUCCCUGGCUGUUCUGCUCUGCAAGAAUGGAAGCUUACAAGUUCGAUAUCACCUGAGCAAGGAAGAAACUCGUGUAUUCACCAUUGAUGGAGAGAACUUUGCAAACAGAAGGAUGUACCACUUAAAAAUUAACCGAGAGGGAAGAGAGCUUACCAUUCAGGUGGACCAGCAACUCCGACUCAGUUAUAACUUCUCCCCAGAAGUCGAGUUCAAAGCUGUAAGAUCACUUACCUUAGGCAAAGUCACAGAGAAUCUUGGAUUGGAUUCUGAAGUUGCUAAAGCAAAUGCCCUGGGUUUUUCUGGAUGCCUGUCUUCAGUACAGUACAACCACAUAGCACCGCUGAAGGCAGCCCUGCGCCAUGCCACCAUUGCACCCGUGACUAUUAAAGGAACCUUGACAGAAUCCAGCUGUGGCUCCAUGAUGGACUCAGGUGUCAAUGCAGUGACCACAGUGCAUUCUUCAUCAGAUCCCUUUGGGAAGACAGAUGAGCGAGAACCACUUACCAAUGCAGUUCGGAGUGAUUCAGCCGUCAUUGGAGGAGUCAUAGCAGUGGUGAUAUUCAUCAUCUUUUCUAUCAUCGGCAUCAUGACCCGGUUCCUUUACCAGCAUAAGCAGUCACACCGCACUAACCAGAUGAAGGAGAAAGAAUAUCCAGAAAAUUUGGACAGUUCCUUUAGAAAUGACAUUGACUUGCAAAACACCGUGAGCGAGUGUAAGCGGGAAUAUUUCAUCUGAAAAACUGCAGGGUUACCUAAUAAGUCUUCAUUUUGUUGUUGAAUUUUUCUCUUUCCCCUUUCUCUUGUCUUUUGGUUUCGGUCAUUCUCUUUCUCUUAUUUGUUUGCCACUUAUUUUUGGAAUGUACCUGUAUCCACCACAGCCUCUAUCCACUUGACUCAGCCCAGAAGACCAGGCAGCUACAGCCACUGCCUUCCUCUUUGAUAAACCCAUCAUGGUGAUACCAAUCACUCAAGAGACUGAUUUGACUGCUCUAGACAAGGAAGAGACACAUGCGUGCACAUGUGCAUAUUUAGUUCUAUAUUUCCAGUUUCAAAAAUGCACACUCUCCACUUCCACAGCCAUGUAGUCUAGCAGGCUUAUUUUGAACCUGUGCUCUGUGACUUAGACAGAAAACAGUCGUCUCUGACAUCCUUCCCCAUCUCAAGUUCAUUCCUUCCAGGGAACUCAGGGUAGAAAGAGAAGAUGCUAGAACCUGGUUUGCUUAAGUGGCAUUUUAAAAGAAACAAGAGAGGUUUGUUUUGAAUUAAUUUUUCCUAACCGCAAGAAGUCCAUCGCCCUAUCUCACCACCCCUUUUCAGAAUGGCUCUUAUCCGCCAAGUAUUUCCAAGUAUAGCAUUCUUGAUGGUAGUGAGAUCUAUUUCUUUGCUCCUUUCUUACCACUCUCUCCAGGGGCUAAGACUUUAGAACAGCACACAAUAGCAUAAACCUAGGGGAAGCAUGGAAAAUAGUAGCUUGAAAUUAGGAGGUAAAAGGAAAGCUGCUAGGAAGUAGAUAUUCUAUAACUUCAAAAUGCCUCUCCACAUUUUGUAAGAAACAUUAGCUAGGUUACUCUUGGGAUUAUUAUAUUGAAGUAUAUAUAUCUAUCUAUAUAUAUAUAUAUGUUGCUGCAGCUUAAAGAAAUUCAAAUAAAAGUCUAAAAUAGUACCUGGUUCUAUGAAAGAAUUUAAACUGUUUUUAACUCAGUUUAAAAAAAAUGAAAAACAACAACAAAAAAAAUUGCAUGAAAGAAGGGAAAUACCAAACAGAAUUCUUUCUUUCCAUCUACCCACUAAAGAUCUGGUAAAGAAAGUGAAUGCAGGUUUCACAUUUUUGACCAGACAUCAUAAUUUACCUAUGUCCACUAAGUCAUUUUCUACGAAGCAUAGGAAGCACUGACAUGUGAGGUAUCAUGUUUAGCUUCAGCAAACCUUCACUGUUUGGUUUCAGAGGAGCCCUUGGGUUCUAGAGCUCACCACAUUUUCAAAUUGGCCACCUCCUAUGUAUAAUGGCUCCUAUCACACCCAACAUGUUGCAGACAUAACUCCCAGAUGAGAUAGUGGCAAUUUCAGAUUUGGCCCCUUUUGAUAACAAAACAUGGGAGAAACAGUCAUUCUUUCAAGAAGGCGUCUUGAGUUCCUCCAGAGAUGGUGGUGAGCAUCCUGAUGACUAGUACUAGUCAUACUAGUAUGUCUGACUCUGCCUCUAGGCCAUCUUGGAGAAAAAAAAAUUAGGAAAAGCAAUAUAAAUGCUCCUGUCUUAUGCUGGAAAUAUCAAUAUAAUGAUCCACACACGUGGAAAGCACUUGCUGAUUCUCUUUUCAGGACAAAUUCCAAUUUGGAAAACAAUGGCCACAUUGCUGACCCCCAGCCUUGACAUUUAGCAGACAUUCCAUCUUGUUCUUAAUUUAAUUAUCACCUAUAAUUACUUAACACUUUGCUGCAUGAUGAGGCUCACAGUGAGGAAUCUGUUAGCUUCAUCCAAUUUCAUGUCCAUUUCAGCUUUCCCUUCAGUGUCAGUGCACAUGACAUAAGGAUUUAGUUAGGAAAUAGAUUUCUCAAUUUUUAGAUGUUACUUCAAUACACACGUCUCUCCUUAAAAUUUUCUGUGGUUUCUUCUUCACUUCUUCAUUUCCAUUAUAUUGCUUUUCUAGUCAAUUUAACUUAAAGUGUAAGGGCAUUUCUUUCUUUUAGUUUUUAUAAGAUGAUUGAUCCAUUAAUAAAAGGAAGAUCUGUAAAUACUGUUUCCCCCACCCCAUCCUCUCCUAUAUCCAGUUUUCACUUUUGCAUUUUCUAUUUCCAUAAAAAGACUGUAUAAAUCAGCCUUUUACUUGGCUACAUAGUUCUUUGUCUCCUGAAAUAAAAGUUUCCAUGAAGUGCAGUGUGUGUAGCCUGAAGCAUCUCCAAUAAGGAAAUAGAAAGAAAAAGGAACGUAUGAGUAAUAAAGCUGGAACUCUCCAUUAUUCAUGUCUCUGGGAAGCAAGGACUUUAUUUGGCUGAUGCAGGGCUGGUAGAAGAAAUGGAAGAAUAGUAAGAGCCAACUCAGAGUAUUUGCUUCUCUCAUUUACUUAGAUACUUGCAGAGAGUUCUCUAGGGUAAAACAUUUGUGAGGCUUCAUGCUGGCCACAUCUGCACUACAGAAUCCACCAGAAGGCCAGCCCCCAGGUGUCAGUGAUCUAUCCAGAGGUACUACUUACCACAGACUUAAAGACCAAUGCCAAGACAGUGUGAGCUGCACCUCUCUCUCAUAAGUAGUCUCGGAGCUAAGUCAGAAUGAUUUUUUUUUUUUACAGGGUUGCAUUAUUGCAUAGCCCACAGAGAAUACAUAUCACUAUCUGUAAGAAAAAAGAAGCAAAUUGCUCUAUCCAGAACAAAACACAAUUUUCUUUUAUAAAUAAAUGCUGACUCAGACUGUCUUUCCUCAGUGGUACCAAAAUCCAAGUAGUUUGUGCAGUAGUUCAAUUGUGUGAGUGCUUCAGUCAUUGAACAAUUAUUAUCUAAAACAAAUAUUCUUUAAAACAUUCAAUCACCACUUUCUACUUCAGUGAUCAGGUCUCCUAACCACAAGCUCUGGCCAACUGGACCUCCAGUAUCCUCUACUUGAAUCUUCAGUCUUUGGUAACUGUUGUUUACAAAAAAAAGAUUUUAUGGAAUGUGGUCACUUUACAAUAAAACCAAAAAUCCCUGUGCAGUUUCACAUGCUAAAGGAGCUGUUUCAUUGAUAUCAUUUCCACCAAACAAAUGUAUUUAUACAAGCAACAAUGCAUUUGCUUGCCCUAAAACAUACCUAGCAUCCUACUGAAUCAUUCGUUGUGUGUAUAGGUUAGAUUGCUGUGGUUUCUAUGAGAAUUUGUUUAGAGAAUUAGACAUGUGUCCCUUCUGUGGAUAGAUUUUUGUGAAUUUCUUACUUAGCCUUUUCUAUCCACUUUCAUCUGCAUGUGAGAUAUUUAUUUUAAGGACCCUGGGCUGAAAUUUUAACUGUUUUUGUUCUCUUUAGUAAUAGCAGAGAUGGCACUAACCUGAAUUGCACCUUUUGUCAGAUACAUGAGCAACCACAGAGUAAAGGGAACAGGACCAGAACAAAAUAAAUUGUUCUCUUCUUUCUUUACUCAAUCACAAAGUAUUUAUUGAAUGUCCAGUAGUCAAUGGAUUGUGCUAGCUUUUGGGCAUAAAAAUGCAAAUGACCACAUGUUCUUGUCCUGGAGGGACUCCAUCUAGCAAGGGAUAUUACAUGUAUUGAUGUAAUAGGGGUAUGCAUAAACUGUUACAGGAUAUAGAGAAAAGGUCCCACCCAAUUAUUUUUAGAAAUUCCUUGCUAGAGACAAAGAAACAGAUGCAUUUCUGUACAUACUUUUAUAUUUUUUCUUGCUUAAUUCUUCCACUUUCAAUAAGCUGCUUUCUAUUUCCUCUUCACAGUAAAUAUCGAUCUAUCAGAUAGAGUUUAUAGAAGGAUAUAGAUUGACUCUUUGGGGACAGAAAGAAUUAGUGGUCCCCAUCUCUAAAGUAAUUUUUGGGAGACUGAAUUUCCCCCAUUCUUGUGUCACUGCUGGUUGCAGGUUUCUGAAAGUCCUUCCUAUCAAUCAGAACAAAAUGAUGAGUUGGGACCCUACUUAGGGUAGGAAAUAGCAAUCUCUACUUUUCCCCUAAUCUAUGCUUUUUUGGGGGGGUCAUAUUUUUAUGACCUAUUGCAUGCCAUUGUCCUUUCGGAUGCUCUUUAAGAUAUCUUUAUUGUACUCCAGCUUGUCCUCAAACCCUCCAGUUGUGAUAAAACAUUUUGACUCUAUUCAAGAAGCUCUCUGCGAUGAAGUAUAUCUUUGAAUAAAUAACUGAGUAAAAGGUGUUGUCCAUCUAAAUGAGGUUUCAUCUCUGUGUCCUGGGUGAAAUCUUCCAAUAAUUAAAGUCACACAUCACUUCUCUGUAGUUAGGAAUGCUGUGUUAGGUUGUCAUAAGUGAAGUGUGUUCUCCAAGAUAUUCAAGGAGACAGGAGUCCGGCCAUUGAAUUCUUUCUGAUAAACAGCAUUGACAGGUUGUCCACCAACUUUCUUGGCAUCCUUACAAUCUCCCAUAGCUAUAAUCCAUCAAAUUCACAUGUAACACAGUCUGCCAAGGGGGAUUUGAAGAACAGCAUAUAGAUCCACUGCUGAUUUUUUCUUAAUCUUAAGGUUAGGACAAAUUAGUAAUCAGUUGCCCUAUAGGUCACAAGUAGACCAAAUAAAUGGAGAGCCUUCCUCAUUUGUAAAGAGACAAAGGUGGUUAAUGGAAGAAGGUGCUAGGAAACUCCGCACUUCCAGAAUACUUGGAGGAUAAUUGACUGCUAUUUCAUGUCUCUCAUGCAGUUUGAAAAUGUCUUUUGUAACAGACACAUUGUGUGAUUGAAAUGCUUCCAUACUCUUCUCUUGGGUCUUGCUGAACCGCCCCUCUCAUUCUUGCACUCUCGUUCCUACUUGUUAAGUCAUCUAGUUUGCAGAUUUUUCAUUCUCCAAGUUUUUAUCACUGCCUUCACAAAUUCCAAACAGUUGAAUCCCCUAAAGGGAAAAAAGCGUAAACAUACAGACACUUGGUAAAAAUAGGGCUGUUAUUCUAACUUUUUUUCAGAACACUUUGUAUCUCAUCUGUUUGGUAGGGAGAGGGUCAUUCCCUUUUGUGUUGACAAUUAUUUAAAACCUUAAUAGAAGAUUUUGAUCUUUAACUCCUUUGCUAUUUUUGAGUGAUAUUUCUCUUAUUUUGCACUAAGGUACUCUGAGGAUGAACAGAAAAGCACAUUUUUUAGUGAAAUACUGUACUUUGUAAACUCAUUGUCUGUCUUUUGUAUUGUUUAUAGUCUACAAAAUGACUGAGGGGAUAUGAGCAAGGAUUAAGGCAAAAGUUGGUUUUGAUAUUUUGACCACACCUGGUGGGAACAGGUUGAAGAGGCAGACGAACACAUGCCAGCAAUAGGUGGCCAGCCCAGGUGAGAAGUUCGUUGCUUCCACUAUGGCUCAGUGGCUGUUACUCUUGCCACCUUCCUGGCUCCUAACUCAGGAGUCUCUAGUGCAUUUUGGAUCAUCUUCUUACACUUUAGGGAACAAGAUGACAUCAUGUGCUUUUCAAUUCAUUACUCCCCUGUGCAUGACAUUUUUUUACUUUUCCCCAUCCUACUCCAACCACAUCCUCUGAUUCUUUGGUUUUUUUUAUUUUUAUUUUUUUUAAUUAUUUCAUCGGGACUUUCCCAGGAUGCUUUAGCGUUAUCACCACAAUGAUCUAACCUUCCCAGAUUGAACACCCAGAAAAAGCUAUAAGGGAAAAAAACUGUUAGAAAUCCCCAUAGGUCUGCUAUCCUGAACUAGAACCCCAAUGUCAAGAAUUCUAAGGCCCUGUUAUCUAUCUACUGUCUCUCUUUCCCCUUCUUUGGUCUUGCCACCAAUUGACAUGCCAUAUAAGAAGGUAUGAAACUCUCCAUCCAUGACAGUGAAUGCUGCCAGGGACUAUUCAUCUAACAUUCUGGGUAUCACAGUUUUAUUCAUCUUCCCCAGCCUAGCAACACAAAGACACAUUUACAAAACAGCAGGGCAAAAUUAGGAGUGUGGACUUAGGCCAUGGCUGAAGGUGAAGUUAAUUGUUUUAGUGAUUAAAUCCUGGUGUAUUUUCAUUCUCAUUAUACGCUUCCUUUCCUCAGAUGCCAGAAGUAGCCUCAGAGGACAUGAUAAAUGCACUGGGUAUUCAAAGAAGCAUUGCAUCACCCUGCAGACUCUUUGGAAGGCCCAUAAGUAGAAACUUGCAAGGGAACUUUAAUGAAUAAUAUUAAUAAGUAUCUGCCCAGUCAUACAUUUCCAUUAUAGUCAACCCCAUCCCAAAGGUUUUGAAUAAGAUACCAACAUAGUCUCUUCUCUUUGAUGGCAGUGUCAACCUGUGUAACCUUGUCCUGCCUUAAAUACUCAUGCAAAAAAUACCAAACCUUGCUGAAAGCAGCAAAGUUAUGUUGUGAUAGGGACUUUGUAUUGAGUGUGGUGCAAUACCAAGAUUUUCUCCUUCUGGAGCUGGUAGUUGACAAGCCUCCGGAUAUCCUAUGCUGUCUUAGGGUAUCACUUUGCUCAUUCAACUGAAAGCAGCCAAAGAAGUGUAAGAGUUGCACUUGGGAAUGGGAGUGCCUGCCUCCUGAAUGUGAUAAAUAAGGAGUCAGUAAUCUUUUCUAGAAAGUAUCAAAUGGCAAAUCCUGUUGCUAGUAUUCACCUCUGACGUUGUAGCAGAAUGGCAGCCAAAUGGGGACGACUGUGUUUCCAUAACAAUUUUAUUUAUAAAAACACACAGGUCAGAUUUUUGUCCAUGGGCUUUAGUUUGCUGAUCAUUUCAAAUGGGAAAUCAGUAUCUCUCUGGCAGGUAGUAGUCCCCUUUUGGAAGAAUGAGGAAGAAUAUGGAGAUUAUUUUUUGACAAAUAAACAGUACAAUGCAAAAUAACCUCCCCCCAAAUGUAUUUAUUUACCAAACUCUUUAUUGUGGCAAAAGCACAAAACAGGUCACCUCUCUUCGUAGAUUUGCCAGAGUCCAGCUUUUCUUUUUAAGCUUCUCAUUUUUGUUCCCAAAACAAAAUCCCAAGUGAUGUUGCCUCGUUCCAAGUCAGUUUUGUAGACCAUGUAACAUGUCUUAAUACACCAUAAGGGGAAAAAUAAAAGUUAGCCUUAGAUUUCUUUGUUUUCUAUGGUUACUGUUGUACAGAAGAAAGACUUAACCUGUAAAUAAUGUAUAUUUAAUAAAGAGAAUUUUGUAUGAUUU